AUGGCCUCACAUUACAUUGCUAAAUCGCUGACAACAAUAUUUAAUAGGUCUAUAUCCACCGGCAUAUUUCCAUGUGAGUGAAAAAAUGCAAGAGUCGCUCCAAUUUACAAAAGUGGCCCUAAAUCUAAUAUGGAUAAUUAUCGACCCAUAUCUAUUAUUUCGGUAAUUGCCAAAACAAUGGAGAAACUCGUACAUAACCAGGUCUAUUCCUAUUUACAACGGGCAAAUACACUAACUAAUGCACAACAUGGCUUUAGACCUCUCCAUGGUUAAAUUCCUCAGUGACGAACCGUGAGAUAGCAAUCGACGAUUAUAAGAUCCACAGACUUGACCGGUUACACAAGAAAGGUGGAGGUGUCUGUGCUUACAUCAAGAAGAAUAUUAAAGCAACUGUCUUAAAAGAUUUAUCGAAGGUGUCAGUCUCUAACUUUCAUCAACUAUGGAUAAAUCUACAAUGGCAAAAAAACAAAUCAAUAAUAAUUUGUGUAACCUACCGACCACCUGACACUUCUCUAAAUUGUUUCGAAGAUUUACUUAAGCCAAAUUAUGUUCAGGCUUUAACUUUGAAUAAACAGAUUUUAGUGCUCGGUGACUUAAAUUGUAACAUGCUAGAAAACGGCCAAGAGCGGAGAGCGCUAACAAAUUUUUUUACAGAAUUAAAUCUCACACAGAUUAUUAAAACUCCAACUAGAAUCACGGCGACGUCCCAAACGCUUAUUGAUGUUAUUCUAGUCUCAUCCACAGCACUUGUUCUUGAGAGUGGUGUUAUUAACACUUCUAUCAGUGACCACUUACCAGUGUACGUCCUACUAAAGUUAAAGGCCCCAAAGAUGCCAGCAUGUUACAUUACAACCAGGAGUUAUAAAAACUAUAAUCCCUCAUUAUUUUCCUCUGACCUUGUCACUAAAUCGGAUCGUCUGUUAUCCAUAUUAUCCAACACCAACGUCAAUACAAUACUCGAAACCUUCAAAGAUGUUCUUCACUCAACUCUCGACGUGCAUGCACCGUUAAAAACCUUCAAAAUUCGAAAUCGAUCAUGUCCAUAUGUCACCAAUGAAAUAAAAGAACUCAUGAAGUCUCGGGACCUACACCUCCGUCGGUUUCAACUGACACGUGAUGAAGGUGAUUGGGUAGUUUACAAAGAAUAUCGUAAUAACGUAAAAACCAAAAUUAAAGCCGCAGCGAAGGACCACACCUUCAACGAAGUAAGAGAACAUAAACACAAUUCGAGAUCCCUAUGGAAAAUAAUUAAUAAUAUAAUUCCCUCGAAGGAAAAGGAAACACAAGUUUAUAGUAAAGAUCCAAAAACAGUUGCAGAAGAUUUCAACCUUUUUUUUACUUCUGUGGGACGGAACGCUGCUGCGACAGCCAAAAGUUUAGCCAAAGACAACAAUGUUGCACUGUCAAAUCCUCUGUCAAAUGUAAUCACUUAUCCAUCUGAUCAACUGUUCAAUUUCCAAUCCGUUACUUGUACAGAGGUUCAACGCAUUAUCAUGGCUAUGCCAAGUAAUAAGUCACCAGGACCAGAUAAAAUAGGCAUGCGUGUCAUCAAAGACUGUCUUCCAAUCAUACUGGGUCCUCUUACGCAUAUGAUAAAUUGCUCUCUAAUGACAAGCACAUUCCCUGACCUAUGGAAGAUUUCUGAAGUUAUACCCCUACUAAAAGAAGGAGACCACGAGAUAGCCUCAAACAAUCGGCCUCUCUCACUACUCGAGGUAGUUUCAAAAGUUUGUGAAAAAGUUGUUCUAAAUCAAUUUAGCUCCUACCUCAAAGAAUUUAAUCGCAUAUCGUCACAUCAAAGCGGGAAUAGGAGUCUUCACUCCACCGAAACCUUAAACAUAUUUGUUACCGAUACGAUGUUGGAAGCCAUAGACAACAAAAAUCUAACGGCACUAAUUUUAUUGGAUUUAUCCAAGGCAUUUGACAGUGUCAGUCAUUCGAUUUUAUUACACAAAUUGAGUUGUAUCGGUGCUUCACCCGAAGCUGUUAAAUGGUUCCAAGACUAUUUAACAGGCAGAUCCCAAUACGUGCGCAUUGGAUCCACCAAGUCAUCAGCUCGCCCAAUAACCCAUGGCGUUCCACAAGGUGCAAUACUAUCACCACUUCUGUUUUGCAUCUAUAUUAAUGAUCUGCCAGGGAGCAUACAAUCGUGUAACCUUGAUUCAUACGUAGACGACUCAAAGCUUUACAAAUCAUUCUGCAUCUACGACUUGGAACAGACAACUAUCAAUUUAGAGGCAGAUCUACAAAUAGCAGCCAAGUGGUGUUUGGAGCACCAAUUACUGAUCAAUCCAGAAAAAACUAAAUUCCUUUUAGUCGGUUCAAGACCCAUGCUGCAGAAUGUACCUACAGAAAUAUCGCUAACAUUUUUAGGAAAGACUAUAAGACCUGUUUUAUUAGCUAAAGAUUUGGGUAUCAAUUUGGAUUCGUACCUAUCCUACGACGACCACAUAUCUAAACUCGUUUCGUCGUGUAUGAGAAAACUAUGUCAAAUAAAUCGCGUGAAGGAUAGUUUCGAUAAUAAAACAUUAAAAUUGGUCAUUGAGACACUUGUAAUUAACAAGCUUCUGUACUGCUCUACGGUGUGGUCCAACACGUCAUCUAACAAUAUCAAUAAACUUCAAUCAGUGCAGAACUUCGCGUGCAGAGUUAUAUCAGGGGUAGGAAAGUUCGAUCACAUAACUCCGGCGUUGCGCGAACUAAAUUGGUUGCCAGUGGAAAAGUUAUUAUUGGAAAGGGAUACUGUAAUGGCUUACAAGUGUUUUAAUGGACUUGCACCUGACUACCUAGUAGAUAAUUUUAUAAAGCGUUCCGACAUACAUGAUCGAUCGACAAGAAAUCAUGACCUCUUGGACAUCCCUCUGUAUAAAUCUGCUACAGGUCAAAGAACAUUUAAUUACCGGGGUGUUAAAAUAUGGAAUGAUUUGGAUGAUAAACUAAAAAAUAUUACAUCAAUAACAAUUUUUAAGAAAAAACUUAGGGAGAUUUUACUAAAAGAAUCCUAUUAA